AUGAUGGCCUGGAAGAGGACCAUGUGCCGGAUAGCUUUCGCGUCCUUGGCGCUGCUCGUGGCCCUGUUCCUCGUGCGGUGGGUUCUAGAGGCCGGUCCAGGGCACCUCCGAGGCCUCCCGCGGGCGCUGGGGCACCUCGGCCGGGAGCAGAACCCCGCAGCGGGGAAGGGGCGGCCCGUGUGGGACGUGGAGGUUUCCAACUGCACCGCCGACCUGUCGGUGAUGAGGCACGCGUGGGUGCUCCGCAGCCAGGCGCGCAUCCGCCAGUUCAUGCUCUACCGCCACUGCCGCUACUUCCCCAUGCUGCACAACCACCCGGAGAAGUGCGCCGGGGACGUCUACCUGCUGCUGGCGGUCAAGUCCACCCUGCCCAGGCUCGACCGGCGAGAGGCCGUCCGGCAAACCUGGGGCCGCGAGAGGGAGGCCGCCGGCGGCCGCGGGGCCAUCCGCACCCUCUUCCUGCUGGGCAGCAACCUGGGGAAGGUGGCUCUGGACCCCUACAACUACCUGCUGGACCUCGAGGACGGCGUCUACCAGGACAUCCUGCAGUGGGACUUCCUGGACAGCUUCUUCAACUUGACCUUGAAGGAGGUGAACUUCCUCAAAUGGCUGGAAGUCUUCUGUCCCGGGGUCAGCUUCAUCUUCAAGGGCGACGACGAUGUCUUUGUGAGCCCCGCCAACCUGCUGGAGUUCCUGAAGGAGCGGACGCCCCAGGACACCUUCUUGGUGGGGGAAGUCCUAUAUGGUGCCAUUCCCAUCCGGAUCAAGAGAAGCAAGUACUACAUCCCCUGGGCUUUGUACAACCAGACCUGCUACCCUCCCUACGUGGCUGGAGGGGGCUACCUCAUGACCAGGGAGAUGGCCCACCGCCUCCACCUGGUCUCCCAGACCUUGGAGCUUUACCCCAUCGACGACGUCUUCCUGGGCAUGUGCCUGCAGCUUCUGUUUGUGAACCCCAUACCCCAUGAAGGCUUCAAAUCCUUUGGCAUCUCUUACGACAGUAAAAGCUACCUAAACAAGGACCCCUGUAUUUACCGCUCCAUGAUGAUGGUUCACAAGAUGCAACCCGAAGAGAUGCUGAAUAUGUGGCGGCUGGUCCACGGCCAUCUCAACUGCUCCCACAUCCUCAGGUUCUAUGACCCUGAUGCUCAGGAAGAAGAAAAUCCCCAGGGAAACAUGGCCCAUUGGGUCAUUUUAUAUGUUUUAAUGUACCUAGUUUUGAUUUGGAUACAGAAGUAA